AAAGCACUUAUUUGCCAGCGGCACAGUCGCCAAGCAUCGUGAUUUUGAUUUUUUCCCCCAUUCCAUCAUUGAUUCUUCCCGCAUGAGCUGAUCCACCAUUGUCGAGAUUUGAUUCCCCUGUCUGGUCUGGUAUGGAAAUUUUUGGGUACUGAUACACCGUACGCGUAAAACGAAUAUUACCCUUAAUGCGGUUCCGCAAAAGGUCAUAAUUUGCCAUCAGGCAACAGGAGGGCAGGCUGGCUGUACCGAUGGGCGAAAUAGGAUAAAUAACCCCCCGCGAGACUCCUCUACUUGAUCUCAGGUAGAUGGGAGAAGACAGCACUCGCCACAGCUCAUUCUCACAGUCGCUUUCCCAUCGCCCACAUUCUUUGAACCCUGCUGCUACUACUCUCGUUGAAAAUUUUCUUCGCAGCACCACCAAGCAAAUUCAGUCAAGAUGCGUGCCCAAUUCUCUGUCCUCGGGGUCGCGGCUCUCGCCAGCAGCAUUGUCAACGCGAUGCCCUCCACGCUCGAGGCCAGGGCGCUUCCCCAAGUUUCGGCUGUCGCCAAGCCGAGGGCGUGCUCCUCGUACCCGACCUUCAACUCCGCCACCGGCGAGGCUACCGAGUUCAUCUUCUACGCCGAUUCGACCGAGGAGCCCGUCCUCUCGGGGGCCGGCACCGUUGUGGGAAAUUUGGCCAACACUAACUUGGCCAUUGCACGCAUCGGAAUCGCCGUUCGCCAGGAUCUCGCCAAGUCCGUGACCAAGUGCUUCCCCGACGGCGGCGAGGAGGGACUCCGCACCCGCACGCACGGCGACUGGAGGCGUCUGACCCUCUCCGGAAGCGAUGACGAGAACAUCAUCUUGGUCGGCCAGGGUCCCGUGGCCCACAGGCCCCUGACACCUCACGACCACUUCUUCGCCAACGGCACGCAGCAGCCCGGUGUCUUCAUGGGCGAUCAAGGAUCGACCACCUGGGCCUUCUCGAGGAAGAACGCCAACGCCUGUCAGUCGUUCGACCAGUACGAGAUUCGUCUUCUGAAGAGCGCAGACUCGCCCCUGAAGGAUGGAGAGUUCAGGGGCUUUGUGCGUGCUGGUUGAGCCCGACCGGCAUUGCCGAGUGCUUGGUUCGACAUGUGAGAAUUGCGUAAUAUUUGUUUAUUUACCCUCUAUACAGACAGGGUGGAUGUGAAGGCAAAUACCCAGCUCCCGCCGGUCUACGAGCAUGAACGCCAAUGUUGUGCAGCAUGAUGCAUCACUGCUUAUAAUAAGUAUCAUACGCAACACAUAUGUCGGAGAUAUGGGGUGUACCUCGAUAGAUAGUUGGGUCAGGCAGCACAGACGGGCAGGGUUGGUUCAUGAGCACGAGUCAAUUUAAUGUUAAUGAUUUGACGGAUACCCCGGAUUGCUGGACCUUUUGGGUUUAUGCAUGUCGCCUAAACACAACAUGUUGGUAUUCCGCCCGCAAACGCUCCGUAAUCCAUAAAAGGGCAGCGCGCUGGCUACACUUUUUUUUUUUUUUUUUUGCUACUCAUUAGCCAAUAUCUCGGGACCGACCAGUCAUGUCUGCUCGGUUGCAUGUGCGGAUGCAGUAGGGAUGUCAACAAAGUCAGUCCUUCAAAGUUGAACCGAGUCCAACGUCAAUAAGCAAUGUUAUCUCGCCGCCAUCUGCCAUCUGCGCGUCAACCCUGAGCUAGCCCCACCGCCUUUGGCCCACGGGCCUUUCUCGGUUGGUGGGCGCUAAGCAAAACGAAUGAUCAGCUUUGACCCAACCUGCUUUGUUUGUUAACAAGCCAGAUCCAUGUACCCAAUGUAAACAAAUACGAUUCUAAGCCAUCACACCGUCAACCAAGUACGAAGUAGCAAGGUAGUCAUCU